AUGAAGAAACUAGAGGGGAGUAAUGGAGGCAAUAUCACAAAUUUCAUCCUUCUGAGCUUUGGAGACUCCCAGGAACUGCAGACCCUUCUCUUUAUGGUGUUUCUAUUAAUCUACAUCUUGACUAUGGCUAGCAACCUGCUCAUUGUGACGCUCGUUGUGAGUGACCAACACCUGCAUUCCCCCAUGUAUUUCUUCCUAGGCAAUCUGUCUGUCCUGGAGACCUGCUACAGCUCAACCAUCUUGCCCAGAAAGCUGGUCAGUUUUAUCAGUAAGAACCAAAGUGUUUCGAUGUGUGGUUGUAUUGCACAGUUGUGGGUUUUUGGUUUCCUUAUAGCAUCGGAAUGCUAUCUGUUGACAGCCAUGUCUUACGAUCGCUAUGUGGCAAUAUGCCAUCCCCUCCAUUACUCUUUCCUCAUGAAUGCCAAGGUUUGCCUUCACUUGGUGUCUGGCUCUUAUUUGAGCAGUUUUCUGAUAAACACUGUCUUGUUGAUCUUUGUAUUGCAGACACGUUUCUGUGGUCAUACUGUGCUUGAUCAUUUCUUUUGUGAUUUCAUUUCAAUGAUCAAUGUUGCCUGUAGUGAUGCACAUCAGGUAAAACUUCUUUCAGCUGUCCUGGCCUCCAUAUGUACCUUGCCACCAUUUAGUAUAACAAUAGCAUCCUACGGAUGUAUCAUAAAUGCUAUUAUUAGAAUUCCCUCAGCUUCAGGCAGGCAAAAGGCCUUCUCAACCUGCUCAUCUCAUCUCAUUGUGGUGAGCAUUUUCUAUGGCAUUCUCAUCACUGUGUACGUUUUGCCAGAUAACCAUGAACUAAAAGAGCUGAACAAACUCUUGUCUGUGUUUUACACCAUCCUAACACCUCUGAUCAACCCUCUCAUAUACAGCCUAAGGAACCAAGUAGUGUUGGAUGCCAUGAAGAGAGCAGCUUUCAAAUGUGCAAUUGGCAUAAGAGGCCAUUGA